GCCCUUGCAACUUCCUUUCCGACAUUUCUCGGGCAUUAUGGCGCCAAACAAGAAGGGCGGUGAAAAAAAGAAGGGGCGCUCUGCCAUCAACGAGGUUGUGACCAGGGAGUACACCGUCAACAUCCACAAGCGCAUACAUGGCGUCUCCUUCAAGAGGAGGGCACCUCGCGCUCUCAAGGAGAUCCGAAAGUUUGCCAUGAAGGAGAUGGGAACCCCUGACGUGCGCAUCGACACUCGCCUAAACAAGGCUGUGUGGACAAAGGGGGUGAGGAAUGUCCCAUACCGUAUGCGCGUUCGCCUGUCAAGGAAACGCAAUGAAGAUGAGGACUCUCCCAAUAAACUGUACACCCUCGUCACAUACGUCCCUGUCACGACAUACAAAGGUCUGCAGACAGUCAAUGUGGACGAGAACUAAUUAUUCACUGGUGUUUUAAAUACAUUUAUAAGAGACUGCAGUCUUGGAUAUUUUUUAAAUCAGGAAUUUAUACAAUCACUAAUUGGGAUUCUUGAUGGAGCAAUUGAUGCUUACAUAGUUAAGUUUUAUUAGUUGUAUGUACGGGAUACAUGGUAUAUACCGUCCAAUGAAAUGCUUACAUGAAAAUAAAUUAUUUCUAGAGCAAG